CUCUAUCCGUACCUUCUCCUUUGUCAACUCCCCAGAACAGAAAAGACCAUGUGGACUGCUAAAGCUACUACUGUUUCACUGCUUCAUCAGUCACCACCAUUUUUAACGAUCACCACAGUUCCAUCAUUUAUUAAAAGUUUCAAUUCUCUAUACCCAGUUUCAUCUUCUUUAGCUUCUUCCUCGAUUCAUCUUUCACCCAUUAAACUUCAAUACUCGAUUUCAUCAUCUAAGAAACAUCAUUCUCCAUCCAGGAUUCAAAACCCAGUGAAAGCAAAGAAAGUAGCUGAUGAUGACGGUGACGAUGGAGGGGUUGAUUUGGGUUGGCUACCAGCUUUUCCUCAUGUACUAUUAGCUUCCAUGUCUAAUUUCCUCUUUGGAUAUCACAUUGGGGUAAUGAACGGGCCAAUUGUAUCUAUAGCCCACGAGCUCGGUUUUGAAGGGAAUUCUCUUCUUGAAGGUCUUGUAGUUAGUAUAUUUAUAGCUGGUGCGUUCAUUGGAAGUAUAAGCUCUGGAUCAUUGGUUGAUAAACUUGGGUGUCGUCGUACACUUCAGUUUGAUACUAUACCUUUGAUUCUUGGUGCAAUAAUAAGUGCUCAAGCACAUUCGUUGGAUGAAAUACUACUGGGAAGAUUUCUAGUUGGCCUUGGAAUUGGUGUUAACACUGUUCUCGUUCCAAUUUAUAUUUCAGAGAUCGCUCCAACGAGAUAUAGAGGUUCACUAGGAUCUUUAUGCCAGAUUGGGACAUGCCUAGGGAUCAUUACAUCAUUGUCUUUAGGAAUUGCUUCUGAGAAUGAUCCACAUUGGUGGAGGACACUGUUGUACAUUGCAAGUGCACCUGGUUUCAUUCUUGCACUUGGCAUGCAGUUUACAGUUGACAGUCCUCGCUGGCUGUGUAAAGUGGGAAGAUGGGAUGCUGCAAAAAAUGUUAUCAGCAACUUAUGGGGUGAGGUUGAAGUCAAAAAAUCAAUCGAAGAAUUUAAGUCAGUGAUUAACAAUAAUGGUAGUGAUUCUGAAGCUAGCUGGUUGGAACUUCUCAGAGAACCCCACAGUAGAGUUGCUCUCAUCGGUGGGGCUCUUUUUGUACUUCAGCAAUUUGCCGGAAUAAAUGGAGUUCUUUAUUUUUCAUCCUUGACGUUUAAAGACGUUGGCAUUGAAAGUGGUGGUUUAGCUAGUUUGUAUAUUGGACUCACCAAUUUUGCAGGUGCAGUAUUGGCUUUGAAUUUAGUUGAUAAGCAUGGGAGACAAAAGCUUUUAAUAGGAAGCUAUUUGGGAAUGGCAUCUUCGAUGUACCUCUUGGUUUAUGGUAUCAGUUCCCCAUUGGACGAACAACUUAGUCAGAGCUUAUCAAUAGUUGGAAGUCUCUUGUACAUAUUUAACUUUGCAAUCGGUGCGGGUCCUAUAACUGGUCUUGUUUUACCGGAAUUAAGCAGCAAUAGGACACGUGGGAAGAUCAUGAGCUUCAGCCUCUCUGUACACUGGGUCUGUAAUUUCAUGGUUGGUCUAUUCUUUCUGGAACUAGUGGAUAGAUUCGGAGUUGCACCCAUUUAUGCAAGCUUUGGUGGGGUUUCCUUGUUGUCCGCAGUAUUUUGCUACUACUUUAUAGUCGAAACAAGAGGAAGAUCUCUCGAGGAAAUAGAAUUGUCUCUAAAACCCAUCAUCCGAACUAAAAAUAAAUAACUCAUUUCCAGACCACUACCAAUGAGUUGCUUAAAAAGGUCUGAGGCUUUCACAAGCCACACUCAGAUCAGUUGCCGUUCGUCUUUAAAGUCCUAAAGUCUUUUAACUAUAGGUCUUUUCGUCUUAAAAGCAUGAAAAUGUCUAAAGACUUGAAUGGUUGCAAUUAGCAUGUUGUAUAACUUCUAUAUGUGCAGCUAAGCGCAUCUUAUUUUAUGAAGCGAAAGUAUCACUCUUCCUGAAA